AACAAACCAUUGUGAAGAUUUUCACAGCAAUUUUGAGAAGGAAAUGAUGAACAAUAAUUCAGGUACAUCUUCUCCGAGAGUUUCUUCUCAGUCAUCGUCAUCACCCAGAAUUUUACAAUCACAACAGCAACAAUUUUCUAAUACAAAUAACAAUUCACCCUCUUCGCCCAAACUUCCAUCCACACUUCUCAUUCAACAACAACAACAAUCGAUGAGUAGUAGUAGUGGAGAGGAUCCACCCUCCAAAACUUUAAAUAAUUUAAAUAUAAUUAACAAUAAUAAUAUGAGAAGAAGUUUGGAUAAUAGCCAAUUGAUUGGCAACAGGAUUGGAGUUGUAAAUAAUUCAGCACUCAAAUCCAUCUACUCCCAACACAUUCAUCAUUACGGAGUAGGAGCUGCUCCAACAACUUUAUCAUCUCUAGCCUUUGAUAAGAGAGGAAUGAUUGGAGAAGGAGAAGAACAACAAGGCACUCAUAAUCAUCAUCCAGAAGAGUUGGAGGAAACAAUCAUGAUGGAAGAUGUUGAGAGGGAACAUCAGGCUGGAAUGAUGGAAGAAGUGAAGAGAGAUUCCUCUCGAAGAAGUUCUCGUAAUAAUCUUCGUGGUCAUCAUCAGCAACAACAACUUAAUGCCACAAGGGGACUUUCUCAUCAUCGUCAUCAUGGACAUCACCAUAGAAAACCAAAUCACAAGCCAAAGAUUUCUCAUCACAUUCAUAGACAUUCAGAUUUGGGUCCAAAAGUUGAGAGUGAAGAGCAAGCAUUCGAAUCAGAGGAAGGUACAACAACUGAAGAGGAAAGUUUAUCUGCCACUUCUAGUAUGGAUUAUUAUGCAGAUAAUGUUUCAGAGACGAGUUCUUUGGAUUUGGCAAGUAUUGCCAAUGAGAAAUGUUUCAAAUUUGUGGAUGAUGGAUCGAAUGGAUUGGAAGAUGAUAAGAGACAACAUUUUGGAUCAGUUAUUAGCUUUUUAUUUGCAGCCAUUGGUUCGAGUGUUGGUUUGGGAGAUUUGAUUCGUUUUCCAUAUCUUGUUUAUACGUAUGGAGGUGGUGGAUUUCUCAUUCCUUACAUUUUCUGUUUGGUUGUUUUGGGAUUGCCAUUGACCUUGUUGGAAUUUUCACUUGGUGUCAUGUCGAGAAGAUCUUCCAUAUUAUCCAUUUCAAAGUGGAAUAGAAGAGCUUGUGGAGUUGGUUUGGCCAUGACAGUUUUUGGAAGUUUAUUAAUUUUGAGUUAUUAUAAUGUAAUUCUGAGUUGGACUUGUGUUUAUUUUGUAAACUUAUUCCAAGCUGAAUUACCAUGGAUUGGGAAGGCUGAAGAGUUCUUCAAUUCUGUAGUUUUGAGAAAAUCCACUGGACCAACUACAUUGAUAAGCAAUUAUCCAUCGAAUUUUUAUGGAGUAGACUUUGUUUCCAUGCCAAUUUUAUUGGGCUUACUGGUUGUGGUAUUUUUCAACUUUUUGUGCGUUUUUAAGGGUGUGAGCAGUAUCAAAUUUGUAGUUUUCAUUUCAGUACCUUUGCCAAUUUGUUUAUUGGCCAUUUACUUGUUGAGAACUAUAUUGUUCGAAGUGGGAAGUAGCUCUGGUUUGUACUACUUUUUCAAACCAGAUUUCAGUGUCUUGCUGAAAACUGAAAUUUGGUUGGCGGCUGCUGGUCAGGUAUUCUUCAGUGUUGGUGUUGGAAAUGGAACCAACUCUACCUAUUCUUCAUAUUUGAGUAGAAAAUCAAAUAUUAUCAUUGCUUCAGUUGUUGUGGUGGCAGCCAAUUGCUUUAUUGCCUUUUUGAGUGGCUUUACUAUCUUUUCAAUUUUGGGUGUUAUGGCUCAUGACAAGUUUGGUGAGAAUGCUCUUGCAGAUUUUGACAAGCUCUUUACUAGUGAUACAGUUCGUUCAGGAUUGGGAUUGGCUUUUAUUGUCUACUUCCAAGCUGUUUCCUAUUUGCCAGUUCCUCACUUUUCUGCUCUCUUACUGAUUGCCACUAUAUUUUCAAUGGGAUUAGAUAGUGCCUUUGCUUGUGUGGAAUGUGUAACAAGUGCCCUGAUGGAUCACUUCUCAAUGCAGUGGAAUCUCAAAGUUCAACGUUGGAAGUAUGUUCAAAAGAUUUACAUGCAGAAUUUCCACAAUGAACAUGAAAUGACAGAACAAGCAGUUGAUGCUCAACAUGAAGUACCACUGGAGGAUACCAUCGAUUCAUCCAAUGUGAUUUCAUCUUCUCCUGUGGCUAUUAAGAAGGAGACUAUUAAUCUUCCUCCAGAGAAGCAAGAUUUGCUUCAUGAGGACAAUGUACCAGACAUGCCAUUCACUUACAAAAUGUUGACUAACAGAAACGUGGCAACUUUUAUUGUUUGCCUUGUUGGCUUCAUUUUAGGAUUGCCGUUCACUCUUAAUAAUGGAUACUACUUGAUUAGAAUUGUGGAUCACUACAUUUCAAAUUAUUGUCUAGUUUUGAUGGGAUUGGCUGAGUGUAUAGUUGUUGGAUAUUUUGCAUUUGGAAGUAAAAUGUUUGAAAGUCAAUGCAGUGAAUUGGAAGAGAAGGAUAUCGUUAACAAGAUUAAUGAAGCUUUGGCAGCUAACCAUGAAAAAUGGCAAGAAGAAAUGAUUCAAAUGAUAGAGCCAUCAGAGGAGGGAAUAGUUGAUAUGGUUUUGGAGGGAGACACCUCUGUGUGUGCAAGAUUUACAAAACGUUGUAAAAUCAUGGCCACCCACUUUGUGGUAUUUUUCAAAUAUUUGAUUCACUGCCCUAAUCUCACACAUGCAUUCAGAAAACUGAAAAACAACCCAAAGAAAUAUUGGAAAGGAGCGGCCUUCUUCUCUGUUGAGAGAUUUAAAAACCACAUUCUUGCUAAAAAACAAAAGAUUAUUCAAAAGUAUGCUACUGAGGAGAAUGAAGAUGGAGAGGAAAAUAUUUUCACUGAGAAUACAUUUGUUUACAAAUGCACUGAUUUGGCAACACAGACAGUUUUGUGGGUUUGGUGCUUUUUAGUCAAAUACUUUGCCCCUCUGCUUCUCUCGGCCAUGUUGAUUUCUACCAUGAUUACUGAGACCAUAUUCAGAUUCCCAUUCUCUUUCAAUGAUGACGAUAGUAUUGUCUUGGGUGGUGUUUGGUUUCUAGUUGUUUAUUGUGUAUGA